CAUUCCUACUUUCAGUUGUCUUUUUCUCCAACAAGUGUCAACAGGGCUCCGGCAUGGAGCAGCCCUCAGAUCAGCCGGUAAACGACUCCCAGGCUGUGUUUAAGUAUCGCCCUGUGGACUUCCUCUUCACUCUCCUGGGUCUGGUGUUCCUGGUGGCCGACAUUGUCCUGGAUUUCUAUGCAGUUGUGAGUUUUUACCAGGAAGGGGAGUACGUGAGCCUCGGCGUCCUGCUGCUGUUCCUGCUCGGCUCCUCGGUGCUGGGGCAGCUCUACAGCUGGCUCUGGUACAGCUAUGAGGACUUUCGCAGGGACACCAAGGUGGAGCGCUGCCUGAGACUGUGGCAGCUGCACCUCCUUCAUGUGCUGCAGCUGGGAAUCUACUUCAGGCAUGCUGGCGUCGUGGAGGUUUCUGUCCAGAACUUCCUCACAAAGUCCCGCCGGCCUGAGGAUGUGGCCGUGUUCCUGACCCACGACCUCAGCAUGCUGCGGCUGUUUGAGACGUUCUCGGAGAGCAGCCCUCAGCUCGUGCUCAUGCUCACCAUCAUCCUGCAGCGGGGUCAGCUGGACCCUGUGACCGUGCUGAAGGCCCUCGGCUCGGCCGCAGCCAUCGCCAUCAGUGUGACCAUGUACCACCGCUCCCUGCGCUCCUUCCUGCCCGACAAGAUGGACCAGGGGCUGGUCUCCUCGGUGGUCUACUUCAUCUGGAACCUGCUCUUCAUCGCGUCUCGGGUCGUGGCCCUCGCCCUCUUCGCCUCCGUGCUGCCCUGCUUCAUCUUCAGCCACUUCGUUUGCUCCUGGCUGCUUUUGUUCUUCUUCGCCUGGAGAUCCAAGACCAGCUUCAUGGACAGCCCCGGUGCAGAGUGGCUUUACCAAGCCACUGUGGGCCUCAUUUGGUAUUUCAACUGGUUUAAUGUGGCGGAGGGGAGCACCAGGACCAGGCUGCUGUUCUACCAUGGGUACAAACUGGUGGAUAUAUCCCUCCUCUGCGGCCUGUGGUGCUGGAAGAUAACCACAGAACCAUCUCACAGUGGAAUAACCCUCUUUAAUGCUGUAAUCACUGCUGUCAGUGUCGUGUCUGUUUACGUCCUUGGCCUCUUAUUUAAAAUAAUAUAUUACAAGCACUACCACCCAAACCUCAAAAGAGAGCAGAUGACAGGUGGCUCUGUUGGGAUGACCCAAAAUGGAGAUAACGCCCCUGUAGAUAAAUCACCUUCUGGUGACGAGGUGGACUUAAUGCUGAUGGACGCAGGCUCAGGUGGUCAGACCCGCCUUGUUAGUUACUCUUAUGAGUCAUCAGAUACAGUCGUUGCAUUUCGCUGCGGGCCCAGCUCACCACCACCGCCGGCCAGUGUCGGCCGCUGCAAUAACAGAAUGAGGAAGAUGGCCGAUAACUUCUACUGCUGACCAGCCGUCACUUGACAUCCACACAUCAGGGAGUGAGGUUGGAAAGAGACGUGAGUCAUGCAGGCGUCUGUCAUCACGCCACUGGGUUCAUGGGACUUUGACCUGAUCAGUAACCACACAUUCAAACUCAUGAGGCGCUACUGAGGUUCCAGGUGGAGACGGCUUCUUCCUCACAGGCCCUUUGUGGUGAGACAGUCCAAUGACGGUCUGUUACUGGUGCUCCUUUGUGUUGACCGGUAUCAUUAUCAAUAUUAUUAUUAUUAUUAUUAUUAUUAAUAAAACAAUAGUUGUUCACAUUAUGUGGGAACAGU